UUUGCUGAUUAGCCCCAUCGGACCCAAAGGUUUAAGGAGGGUUUAUAAAGUCGGUUUACUUCUAUUGCUACCUCCCUGAAAGAUCAAAUAUCAAAUUCCCCUAUUUUUCCUCUACUUACCCUUCAGGCUUCAGUCUCAUGAAUUUCUGCGCUUCUACUGAUCCAUCAAUUCACUUCUCUCCUAUAUUUUUUCCAACCUAAAUUUUUCUGAACAAAUUUGAUGUCCAGCACUAAAACCCCCAUUUCCCUUACCAUCAAAUUAAACCAAUUCACUGAUAAACCCACAGGUUUAGCUAUAAACCCAUAUCACAAUUCCCCUAUUAUGUGGAGAAAUAUAAUCAAACAGCUCUCUUCAAGAACCCCACAAAAGCUUCUUUUUAGCUCCAAGAAUCGUACUUAUAGCUUUCUUGGUUUUCGUCAAGAUUCAAUUUUUAAGGACAAUACGAAAUUUAGAUCCUUAAUUCCAAUUUCUUGUUCAAAUAUUGAGAUGGGGUUUCAGAAUCUUGGCGAAAAUUUGCCCGGGGAUGAGUUUUUGAGCAGACCCUUAAUAAAAAACCAAGUGAAUAACAAUGAUUUUUGUUAUUUUUGUUUUAGAAAGAGCUAUGCUAGUGUAGCUGAGGCUGUAGCAGUAUCUUCCACUGAUGCUGAAGAAGAUGUGCCUGUGGUUGAUGAAGUUCAAGAACUUUUAACAGAAUUGAAGAAAGAAGAGAAAAAGCAGUUUGCUUUUAGGCGCCGGAAGCAAAAGAUGUUGACUAGUGGUAUGGGCCAUAGGAAGUAUCAAGCACUUAAGAGGAGGCAAGUUAAAGUAGAGACGGAGGCAUGGGAACAAGCAGCAAAGGAGUAUAAGGAGCUUUUGUUUGAUAUGUGUGAGAAGAAAUUAGCACCCAAUUUGCCUUAUGUGAAGUCAUUGUUUUUAGGAUGGUUUGAGCCAUUGCGCGAUAAGAUAGCUGAAGAGCAGGAAUUAUGUAGUCAAGGGAAGAGUAAAGCAGGUUAUGCUAAGUACUUUUAUCAGUUACCUGCAGAUAUGAUGGCAGUUAUCACAAUGCAUAAGUUGAUGGGAUUGUUGAUGACGGGUGGUGACCAUGGUACUGCACGAGUGGUACAAGCUGCGCUUGUUAUUGGUGAUGCAAUCGAACAGGAGGUUAGAAUACACAACUUUUUAGAGAAAACAAAGAAGCAGAAAGCCGAGAAAGACAGGCAAAAGGAAGAUGGGGAACAUGUCACUCAAGAACAAGAGAAACUGCGCAAGAAAGUCACUAAUCUGAUGAAAAAGCAGAAGUUACGUGCAGUGGGCCAGAUAGUGAGACGUCAAGACGAUUCAAAGCCCUGGGGGCAAGAUGCUAAAGCGAAGGUUGGAAGCCGGUUGAUUGAGCUGCUUCUGCAGACCGCUUAUAUACAGCCUCCUGCUAAUCAGUUAGCAGUUGAUCCACCUGACAUUCGACCUGCCUUUUUACACAGUGUUAGAACUGUGGCUAAAGAAACAAAGAGUGCCAGCAGAAGAUAUGGUAUUAUCCAAUGUGACGAACUGGUUUUCAAAGGGCUUGAAAGAACUGCAAGGCACAUGGUGAUACCUUACAUGCCAAUGUUGGUUCCUCCAGUGAAGUGGACAGGUUAUGAUAAGGGUGGACACCUCUAUCUGCCUUCAUAUGUAAUGCGGACACAUGGAGCAAGACAACAACGUGAAGCAGUAAAGAGAGCCUCUAGGAACCAGUUGCAACCAGUUUUUGAGGCUCUUGAUACUCUGGGAAGUACCAAAUGGAGGAUAAACAAAAGGGUACUUUCUGUCGUUGAUAGAAUAUGGGCUGGUGGCGGUCGUCUGGCUGAUUUGGUUGACCGUGAUGAUUCCCUUUUGCCAGAAGAACCAGAUACAGAAGAUGAGGCACUACGCACGAAGUGGAGGUGGAAAGUAAAAUCUGUCAAGAAAGAGAACAGAGAAAGGCACUCACAACGAUGUGACAUCGAGCUCAAACUCGCUGUAGCACGUAAAAUGAAAGAUGAAGAAGGUUUCUUCUACCCGCACAACGUUGAUUUUCGAGGUCGUGCAUACCCGAUGCAUCCACAUCUAAACCAUCUUGGUUCUGAUAUCUGUCGGGGUGUCCUGGAGUUUGCCGUAGGUCGUCCUCUUGGAGAGUCAGGCUUGCGCUGGUUGAAGAUACACUUGGCAAAUCUAUUUGCUGGUGGUGUGGAGAAAUUAUCUCACGAGGGUAGAAUAGCUUUUACUGAAAAUCACAUGGAUGAUAUAUUUGAUUCUGCUGACAAACCACUUGAAGGAAGGCGCUGGUGGUUGAAUGCAGAGGAUCCCUUUCAGUGUCUGGCUGUAUGCAUUAAUCUUAGUGAAGUCGUCAGAAGCUCGUCCCCAGAGACAUCCAUUUCUCAUAUUCCUGUGCACCAGGAUGGUUCCUGCAAUGGUUUACAACAUUAUGCUGCCCUUGGAAGAGAUAAGUUGGGAGCUGCUGCAGUUAAUUUGGUUGCUGGAGAAAAACCUGCUGAUGUUUACUCUGGCAUAGCAGCUAGAGUCCUUGAUAUUAUGAAAAGAGAUGCACAGAGAGAUCCUGCAGAAUUUCCAGACGCUGUGCGUGCAAGGGCUUUAGUUAAUCAGGUUGACAGGAAGUUGGUGAAGCAGACCGUGAUGACAUCAGUCUAUGGGGUCACUUACAUUGGGGCUCGUGAUCAAAUAAAGAGGAGGUUAAAGGAGCGUGGAGCAAUUGCUGAUGAUUCUGAGCUAUUUGGUGCUGCUUGCUAUGCUGCAAAAGUCACAUUAACUGCAUUAGGGGAGAUGUUUGAAGCUGCACGCAGCAUCAUGACUUGGCUUGGAGAAUGUGCUAAGAUAAUUGCUUCUGAAAAUGAACCAGUCAGAUGGACAACUCCUCUUGGACUUCCAGUUGUUCAGCCUUACCGCAAAAUUGGAAGACAUCUUAUUAAGACGUCUCUCCAGAUUUUGACUUUGCAACGGGAAACAGAAAAGGUAAUGGUCAAGAGGCAAAGGACAGCUUUUCCGCCAAAUUUCAUUCACUCCCUUGAUGGUUCACAUAUGAUGAUGACUGCAGUUGCAUGCAGAAGGGCAGGCUUAAAUUUUGCAGGUGUUCAUGACUCGUAUUGGACACAUGCAUGUGAUGUUGAUAAGUUGAACAGGAUAUUGAGAGAAAAGUUUGUAGAGCUUUAUGAUACUCCAAUUCUUGAGAAAUUGUUGGAGAGCUUCCAAACUUCUUAUCCUACAUUGUUGUUCCCGCCUUUACCUGAACGUGGGGACUUUGAUUUGCGAGAUGUCCUAGAAUCUCCCUAUUUCUUCAAUUGAUUGGAUUCAUGCAUAACUUCACACCCCUUGAAGUACUACAUUGGCCGGUGUCAUCUUGUGCUUUCAAAUGCCAUAAUAGGGAAGACAAUGAAGAGUUUGCGCUACAACAUAGCGUUUGGGGAGAUGCAGAUUCUGUUGUAUAUAUGAACAUGAUUAGGGUCUCAAAUCUGGGACGCUCAUGUUCUUUUCUUGGUCGUGUAGCCUGCACUCUCUAGUGCAGCCGGGGCAGAAGUUUCUGGUCCAAGCAUGUAUGCAAUGAGAAUUCAGAUUCCCUGACCCGUUUCUAACAGAAUAUGUGAUACUGUCUCGAAAUAAACACAUGUUGCAAGAAUGCUUGUCGAGAAAUAUAGACGAUCAUAUUUCUUCUGAAGAAGCUUUUGAGGUGCAAGGAUGCAAAUGAUCUCCGGGUUUUGCAGGCUGUUCCCGAAAAUAUUUAGCUCCUCCUGUAUCUUGCUCGCCAGGCGGUAUUCUUUGUAUUUUCAAAUUGUAAAUCGAAAAAGUUUGUGCUUUACAACCAUUAUAGAGAGCAAGUUUCGCUUACGAUGGAGGGAAAUUUGCAAGCUUUGAGGCAUGUGUUUGAGAUUAUAAUGAAUGUAUAGUAGCUGAGAAAAUAUUGUCGCGAUAUGUUCUGGUGGUGAAUCCUAUGUAUAGAUGCUAACAAAGUCUGUUAAUAUCUUCCUUGGAUAUCGUUUCUCUCUUUUAUUCUUCCAGAAAUGUUAGUUAUUCUCCAUUAAGGUA